AUGUCGUCGGUCAUACCGUCGUACCUCUCGCCACAGCCAAUCCGCUCUGUUCUCUUCGAGAGUCCCUCUGAUACUGUCCCUCCAACUGAUGAACUAGAGGCAUUACAUGCGGAGCUUAAGGUUGUCAAACAGAAGACCCUGGAGAGAGCCAGAAAAGCUGGAGAGGACCUCAAGACAAUUGAAGAGUCCAUGAGACGUCUUAAAGAGAAGGAGAAGGGAAAGGCGAAAGCAACUGAGAAAGUCAAGAGAGAACGCGGCUUCACGCCGUCUCUGAACGGAGAUGAUACCAGGCAUACUGCACAGCCACAGCCUUCACCACAUAGGCCUCAUUUACCAUCUGUUCCCGCUACUCCGGUACCUCCGACACCAGUUCCAGUGAUAGAAAUCCGGAAGUCUAUAACUAGUGAUACGAAGAAGAAGAAGAAGAAACGGAAACGGGAAGAUGUCAGUGAUGGGGAACAAGUGGUAUCUGCAGAGCAUCCGACGAAAGCCCGGAAGGCGUCUCCUGUUUUUGCACACACUCAUCAGCAAUCACUUCCUCUCCCGUCGAUACCGAAAGCGGCCAAGUACCCGUCCGCAUCGCUUGUGUUUACCAAGGUGCAACCACCGCCAAUACCUGGACCUAGCAAGUCGACGGAUGUGCGGGAAGAUUUUAGCAAGAGCAAGGCGCCGGCUGGCCAGGUGCAGGUUACGACAUUCUAUACGAGCAUCGAACCCUGGUUGCGACCCGUCAAGGAGGAAGAUGUCGGCUUCCUUGAGUACACAGGAGACGACGUAGAACCGUUCGUGAUGCCUAAGCUUGGGCGGCAUUACACGGAACUAUGGGAAGAGGAGGACACCACACUCUAUGGCGGCCCGCUGCCAGUCACCGCUACAAUGCGAGCAGGAGCGCGGACGCAUCCACCGAAUCCAACAGGACCGUUACCUCGCUGGGAGCCAUCAACGCUGAUGGAGACUGAUCUCUUGACUGAAGAGAGAGGUCACGGCCCCCUGACCGAGCGGCUAGUCACCGCGUUAAUUCCUAUGCAUAAUGCGGAAUGGCGAGGUGUCAAGGCUGCCGAAGAAGCGAUGGAGGGUCGUCCUGGGACGAACGGCGCUGCCGCUGCCGCGGCGCGAGAUAAACUCAAUGUCGCAGAUCUUGAAGAGCGUGUCAGGAAUGUACUCCGCUUUCAUGGACUGCUUGAUGAGAUUCCCGACUACUCGGAGGCUGUGGACGAUCCUAUCGCUACGGCGCUCAGACAUGCCCAGCGUGAGCUUCGGACAGUCUAUGCUGCCAACAAGCUUCGACGCACUCGUCUCGCCGACAUCGCACGCGAUCGGCUCGGGUACCAGGAGUAUGUCGACUGCCGAGAGUCGCUCGACAAGAAUAUCACGAGCAUGUACACCAAGCUGCAGAAGAAGGACGGACCCAAGGCGAACAAGAAGAAAAAGAAAAGCACAGACUUUAGCGGCGCACCGAAUGUCCGGACGAAGAGAACCAUCUCCACAUUUUCCCGACGCACGGACUAG